AUGCCAGCUGCAGUCGAAGUCCAGAGUUCUGUGGUAUUUGAUGUCCGGCACCGGGAUCAAUUCAGUUCCAAACAGGAAAACGCCGUGGCCGUUGAAAUUCAGCAACCGGAUCACGAUGUCUCAUCGAAACAGAAGAUUGUACCAGGCUCCUUCAACAUUCCUCUCGGCGUCUUCCCGCCCUCGCCUUGGUCAUUCCUGGGCGCCCAUGUGGUCGCGUCCAAGCUGGUUGAGAGGCUGAAUAAAUCUUUGAGAGAAAGGGAUGCGCCGGCGAUAGAAGUCCUUUUCCACGAAAACAGUUACUGGCGCGACCACCUUUGCCUCACCUGGGACUUGCGCACACUGAAGGGACGUGACAAGAUUGCCCACUUCGUUACCAACAGUCCGGAGGGUGAGUCGAUCGAAACAGACGCCUCGACUCCGCUCCGAGCACCAAAGCACGGUCCAAUCGAUGGACUGUACAGCCAAGCUUCGGAUGUUUCAGCCAUCAAAGUUUUUGUGAAAGUAACCACCAAGGUUGGCGCCGGCCGAGGCGUCGCAAAGUUGGCCGAGGUCCAGGGUCAAUGGAAGUUCACCUUGUUCACCACCCUCGAUGAGUUGCACGGCCACGAGGAACUGCUGUACGAGCGUCGCCCGAACGGCGCCGAGCAUGGAGAACACGUUGGUCGACAGAACCGGCAAGAUAAGCGCCAGGGUGCCGUCGAAUUCCGAGCGCGAUCGCCUGCCGUGCUUAUCGUGGGCGCCGGUCAAAGCAGGCUCACAACAGCAGCGAGACUAAAGGCACUCAAUCUCGAUACUCUGGUCACCGAUCACGAAGAUCGUGUCGGAGACAGCUGGCGGCGAUGA